UGUAUGUACAGCUUUCUCUGUUCUUCUGACAAUUUAAAUUAAACUAAAACUAAACUCUUAAAAUGAACUUAGAACAACACUGCUUGAGGAAAGAUAUACAUUUAAUAAUUACAUUUUUUCUACAACGCCCCUGAAUUGAUUUAUGUUAAAUUUGAUCAUGUGUAGUGAUAAUCUAGCCAUGGGGGUCACAGUCCAGUGACUUUUGUGCCGAUCCUAAGGCCGGAUAAAUAGAGAGGGUUGUGUCAGGAAGGGCAUCCGGUGUAAAACAUUGCCAAACUUAAUCAUGCGAAUUGUCAGUGCUCUGAAUUUCAUACCGGACUGGUCGAGGCCCGGGUUAACAACAACCGCCAUCGGCGCCGUUGACCUACAGGGCACCAGUGGAAAUUGGGCUAUUGUUGGUUGAAGAAGUAGAGGAGGGAGAAGAGUGCGUAGACAGACAGAGAAGAGGAAAGGUAAGGACUGAGAACAGGAACUCUGAAUGUUGGUACUAUGACAGGGAAAGGUAGAGAGCUGGCUGAUAUGAUGGAGAGAAGGAAGGUGGAUAUACUGUGUGUACAGGAGACCAGGUGGAAGGGUAGCAAGGCUCGUAGUAUAGGAGCAGGAUUCAAGCUGUUUUAUUAUGGUGUGGAUAGUAAGAGAAAUGGGGUAGGAGUGGUCCUGAAGGAGGAGUUUGUGAGUAGUGUUCUGGAGGUGAAGAGAGUGUCAGAUAGGGUGAUGAGUCUGAAGUUGGAGAUUGAAGGGGUGAUGUUGAAUGUUGUUAGUAGUUAUGACCCACAGGUAGGUUGUGAGUUAGAGGAGAAAGAGAGAUUCUGGAGUUAAUUAGAUGAGGUGGUAGAGAGUAUUCCUUUGGUUCCCACUCUCUUCCCAUGAGAGAGUGGUGAUAGGAACAGAUUUUAAUGGACAUGUUGGUGAGCGGAACACAGGUGAUGAGGACAGUGGUGAGGUGUGCUGUAGCUCAGACAGAGGAAGUGUUCAAAGUGGAGGUGGGACUGCAUCAGAGAUCGGCUCUGAGCCCCUUCCUGUUUGCUGUGGUGAUGGACCAGUUGUCAGAGGAGGUCAGACAGGAGUCUCCUUGGAUAAUGAUGUUUGCAGAUGACAUUGUGAUCUGUAGUGAGAGCAGGGAGCAGGUGGAGGAAAAUUUGGAGAGGUGGAGGUUUGCGCUGGAGAGAAGAGGAAUGAAAGUCAGUCGUAGUAAGGCUGAGUACAUGUGUGUGAAUGACAGGGAGGGAACAGUAAGAUUACAGGGUGAAGAGGUGAAGAAGGUACAGGAGUUUAAGUACUUGGGGUCAACAGUCCAGAGAAAUGGAGAGUGUGGGAAAGAGGUAAAGAAGCGAGUGCAGGCAGGUUGGAAUGGGUGGAGAAAGGUGUCUUGAUUUCUGUGAUAGAAAAAUUCCAGCGAGAAUCAAGGGGAAGGUGUAGAAGACAGUGGUGAGACCGGCCAUGCUGUAUGGUUUAGAGACAGUAUCACUGAGACAGAGACAGGAGUCAGAGCUGGAGGUAGCAGAGCUGAAGAUGUUGAGGUUCUCUUUGGGAGUGACGAGGUUGGACAGGAAUAAGAACGAGUACAUCAGAGGGACAGCUCAUGUUGGACGUUUGGGGAACAAAGUUAGAGAGGCCAGGUUAAGAUGGUUUGGACAUGUCCAGAGGAGGGAGAGUGACUAUAUUGGUAGGAGAAUGUUGGACAUGGAGCUGUCAGGCAGGAGGCAAAGAGGAAGGCCAAGAGGAGGUAUAUGGAUGUAAUAAAUGAGGAUAUGAAGCUAGUGGGUGUAAGUGUUGAGGACGCAGAAGAUAGGGAUAGGUGGAGAGAGACGAUUUGCUGUGGCCACCCCUGAAGGGAAAAGCUGAAAGAAGAAGAAGAUCAUGUGUAGUGAUGUAGUACUUUUUUUUUUUUACUGGUGAUGAGAAUUGCUGAGGGGUUUUAAUCACAUUUUUCAUUUUUCAUAGUGAGUUUAUCUACAAUACAUCAUUAAUGAAGCAAGGUCUUUCCAUACUCCUGUUUUUCACAGGAUUCCCUCUCAUCCUGUCUGUCCCUCGUAAGUACUAUCUGAUCCAGGAGGGGAAAACCUGGAGUGAUGCUCAAGCUUACUGCAGAGCCACACACACUGACAUGGCUAUCAUCCAAAGUAAUGAUGACAUGAUCCGACUUCAGAAUGAAGCACAGAGACAAUGAUUCAGUUUGAACGCUUGGAUUGGACUCUACAAUGACAUCAACAGCUGGCGCUGGUCCAUGGGAAAUGAGCCACUGGGAAUUACGAAAUGGGCACCAGUUGAACCCAACAACUCAGGUGGACAUGAGGAGUGUGGUGUGAUUUCUCCCACAGGUUGGCAGGAUUGGUUCUGUUCUGCACUAUUCCCUUCUGUCUGUUGUAAUGAAAAUAAAACUGGAAAUCAGAGGUACAUUUAUAUUCCUAAUACUAUGACUUGGCAUGAUGCUCAGGUUUACUGUAGACAGCAUCACACAGACUUGGCCAGCUCCAGAGAUGCAACUGAAGACUCAGUUAUAAGGGGACUGCUCUCUGGCAACACUUGGUUUGGUAUGUUCAGAGACUCCUGGAAAUGGAUAGACCAAACCAAUUUCUCUACCCUCAGCUGGACGGCUGGAAAACCUGAUAAUGCCCUGAAGAAUGAAAACAGUGGUUAUAUAAAUAACAUUCAGGUUGCUGAUGCACUGUGCUCAGACAUAAUGCCUUUCUUCUGUUACUCAGUAAUCACGGGAAAACAACAAAUAGUUAGAGUGAAGGUCCUAUCCAAUGAGGAUGUGAAUAAUCCUGCAGUGAUGGUGGCCAUCUUGGAUCAGAAACUGAAGGAUCAUUUGAGGACAGAGAACAUCACAGUAAAAUGGCGCAAACAACCAGAUGGAGUUGUGUUUCACAAGGUGAAAAAAGAAAAUAAUACUACAGUGUAAAAUAAAAAGUUUGACCUCUAAAUCUAUGCUCCUUUUAAGUUAUUUUUAGGUUAUUUUUAGAUGCAUGCUAAUUUUAGAAUAAUUGUUUAGCUGUUAUAUUUAUAUUAGCAUAUUAAAUAAAUGAUGUUAAAUCUCUUUCUAUAACAUAUAGUCGAUAAGGAACGUAUAUUAAUACCUGGUUUUAGAUUCUUCUAUAAUAAAACAAAAAGGUGAAAGGAACCCAUAACACAUCUGGUUUAUCUUUGACUUUCUCAUGAUCACAUCUUGUGUAAUGGAUGUGAUCUUUAAGGUGGAAACUGAGAUUCAACACUAGUUGAUAUUAAAUACUGACAAAAAGGCUGGAAGUCUUUGAAAAACAUCUUGGCUGUGUGUCUUUUCAAAUCAUUUAUUAUUUUGUCAUUAUUUCAUUCAAAGAGUUGUAUGAUACUCUGGCACUGUACUUAUUCAUCUAUUAAUUUAGCUAUUUAUCACUUUAUUUAUUCAUAAAAUAUAUAUUUACUACAUUAAUUCUGCAAUGUUUCUGUAUCCUUGUAAUACAGCAUACCGCCAUUCAUCUGACUGCCAUAGGGACCAGUCACCUGAGUAUUGAUUCACUUCAACUCAGUUGAUUUGUGUAGUUUAGCAGAUUCAGGAAUGAAUAGCAUAUGCUAAUA